AUGUGGAUUGAGGUUACGGGAGCAGGUCAUGGCAUCGGAAGGGAGUUGGCCAUUCAGUUCGCAGAGUUGGGCGCCACCGUCAUAUGUUGGGACAGCGAUGCUCGGAGAAAUAAUGCUGUCGUCGAUGAAAUAAGAUUAAAAGAUGGAGAGUGUUACGGCUACACAAUAGACGUGACAGCUCGUGAACAAGUAGCAGCCGUAGCACUGCGCAUGCGACGGCAGCUGACCGACGUGUCGAUGGUGGUGAGCAACGCGGGGCUCCUGACCUGCGCACCCAUCAGUCAUCUGCGACAAGACGCCAUUAUGAAGCUCAUCGAGACCAACCUGCUUUCACAUUUUUGGGUCAUUCAAGCAUUCCUGCCCAAUAUGAUAGAGCGGCGGCAUGGGCAUAUAAUCGCGAUAAACUCCAGCGCAGGCCUAAUGCCUUGUGCCGAUAUGAUUCCGUACUGCGCAGCGAAAUUUGGACUAAAAGGACUAAUGGACUCAAUAACAGAAGAGCUGAGGUUGGACAUGUGGACUAAGAACAUCAACACCACAUCAGUUUACCUGGCAACAGUUGCCACCGGCAUGUACCCACAGCCUUCGCAUCGCUUCACCGCGUGGUACUCCGAAGUCACGGCGAAACAAGCAGCUAAGACUAUUAUUGAAGUUGGCAAACGAGCAGACGGAUCACCUGAUGGUAAGCGAUCGGCGCCGCCCAUGGACAUCCGCAACACCAGAGGAGCCACAGUUUUUAAACGAGCACUGAGGCGUGUUUACCGUCGGAGCAUUCGAGUGGUACUAAACUAAAACUACACCGCGAUGUUGAGUUUGGUGGACUUUCAGUUAGGACAUUUUUUUGUCACUGAUUGUGUAUCUAGUUCUUUAUUAGUGAUCGAUGGGCCAAUCGCGUAAUACUAGCUGCAUUCCUAUUUGACGAUAAGACGACAGGUCCACGUUGGCCCCAUUUAGUGAAUAAAAAAUGGUAGCUAUACACUUCAUUACCAGUAGCUGGUAGUAAAUAAAUGCAUAAAUAAGCUAAAGAGAGAAUUCAUCUGCCAAUUUCUGCAGUGAUCUGUUUUCUCUUUUC